AUGACGGCCUGGACAAGCCGCCCACCAGCUGCUUCUAGAUGUGAGCAUGUACCUUUUGCUUGGCUGAGUGUGUUUGAUCGGAUAGGUGUAGAACCACCUGCUGAACUGCUUCAACGUCUACAAGACCUUGAUGCCCGUCGUCAUCAGGCUACUGGGUCACAUGGAGGCUCUCAUUCUGUUGAUGAAAGGCGCAGCAACGACAACGCUGAUGACGAAGACGACUACCGCUACCAUGAAAGCGAUGAUGAUGACUGCAGCUACCAUCAAGGCAACGAUCAUGUCCAGUACUCCAAUGAAGACGAUGAUGAUGACCACAUUGAGGACGAUGAUGACGAUGGUUGUCUUGAAGAUGGUGAUGAUAUUAGCUCCUCCCAAAGCGAUGACGAUCACCGCUCUACUUAG